AUUUUCCAAAGUUCGAAAGUCUGAAAUCCAAACAGAGGCGCUUCGGAAGGCUCAUCACGUCUCUCUCUCUCUCUCUCUCUCUCUCUCUCUCUCUCCUCUCCCUUCUGUCUUUCUCACGCGUGAAUGCAGAUGGAUCUCGACCAAGUACGGCUGCGUGCGUGCUGCUGAGCUUCUGUGCAACGGAAUUCCGGGCCACGGCGGUUCUGGGGUUUCGAACAGCUUCUCCUUUCUGGUGAAGCUAGGGUUUCCGCUUUCCCAAAUGUUCUACUCGCCGUCAACGGCUUCAUUUUGAGCUGUUUUUUCUGACCUUCAGCUUUGAGCUCUUGAUUCCAUGGGGCUUUGCGGAAUUCCGCCAAGUCGGUCAACUUGAAGUGCGUUUUGUGCUCGAGACAUCUAUAAUUUAGCUUUCGGUCAUCUUCGAGGCGAAGAAGGCGGUGUAGUGGUACCUGAGGCGCGUCUAGGGUUUUCUGUUGCUUGAGAAUUUGGGGUUUGUGCAAGUCUUAAUUUUUAUAAUUUUUUGGUUGGAAGCGAAAAGUUUGGGUUUUGGAGCGGAUUUUGAAGAAGCUUAUUUCAAUUAUAUGAAAUCUAGGGUUUGGGUGGGGAGAGAUGUUUUACUCGCAGUUCAUAUUGGCCAAAAAAGGGCCGCUUGGGACGAUAUGGAUAGCAGCACAUUUGGAGCGGAAGCUUCGCAAGAAUCAGGUUGCCGAUACCGAUAUUGGAGUCUCUGUUGAUUCAAUUCUUUUCCCAGAAGUACCAAUCGCCCUGCGGUUGUCCAGCCAUCUUUUGCUUGGUGUGGUGAGGAUUUAUUCUAGAAAGGUGAAUUACCUGUUCGAUGAUUGCAGUGAGGCUUUGCUUAAGAUAAAGCAAGCUUUUCGCUCCACUGCAGUUGAUCUGCCUCCAGAAGAAUCCACGGCACCCUAUCACUCCAUAACAUUGCCAGAAACUUUUGAUCUUGAUGAUUUCGAGCUGCCAGAUAAUGAAAUGUUCCAGGGUAACUAUGUUGAUCACCACGUCAGUACGAGGGAGCAGAUUACCCUUCAAGAUACAAUGGAAGGCGUUGUUUACUCUACAUCACAAUUUGGAUUGGAUGAGAGGUUUGGCGACGGGGACACAUCUCAAAUUGGCUUAGACCUUGAUGAGGAAUUGUUUUCAGACAAGGUUGCAGUUCCAGAACAUAAUGGAGUUGCAAUGGAGUUGGAAGCUAAUACUCAGGCAUCUGUGCAACCAACCACACCACUCAAGAUUGAUGAGAUUAAUGAGGGGACAACUGAAACUUCAGAUGCUAUGCUAGAUGAUGGCAGUAGAAAUCAGAUGAAAGGUCUUGUGGCGAGUUCUGAUUUAAUUGAGUGUGCUGAUGCUCCAUCCACUCCUGGAUUGGUGGCAGAGCCAAACUUGUCCAAUAUCCAGGAGGCCCUGGCUUGUGAUGAUAAUUUGGUAUCAGAAGACCAUAAUUCAUCAGGGCUAGCAGUGGAAGAGAAUUUGCAAAACACUUUAAGUGAUUCAGAUCACCAUAUGGGGACCAAAAAUGAAGUUAGUUGUUCUAUGCAAACUGGCGUGAAUCCUGAUAAUGUUUUUAGCAUUCCAGCUGAGAACGGCUACCUUCUCGGUCCCAAGGAGAUUAUACAAAUGACAUCACAAGGAGAUUCACAGGGUGAUUUGCCAUAUCCUUUGGAGACCAUGGAGAACAUGUCAUCAGAUGAUGCUGUUGUUUCAUCAUUACCUUCUGCAGAUCUUGUUGAGCAAGUCAAACCCAGUUCUUCGGCAUCAGCAAGUUUAGACAAGGUUGAUCUGCAGGAUGUAGUUCUAAGGAACAACAUAAAUAAUGUUGAGCAAGUCAAACCCAGUUCUUUGGCAUCAGCAAGUUUAGACAAGGCUGAUCUGCAGGAUGUAGUUCUAAGGAACAACAUAAAUAAUGUUUCCACUGAUCCUAUUCUUAUAGAAGGUGAAGAACCCCAUGGCAUUAGGUUGGAUGAAACUGCUGUUUCUUCUGAUUUCUCUUGUGAAGCUUCUGUCUUGGCUGCUACUUUUUGUAAACCAUGUUUAGAUAGUGAAAAUAUUUCAGAGAAAUCUGGUCUAGAUAGCGUGUGCCUGCCAGGUUCAGGGAGUUUAUUAGAGAAUGGUCAAGAAUCAUUUAGACCAGAGGUAUUUGAUAAUGUGGACAUCACCAGAAAUGUGGAAGAAUCUUGUUCUCCUCGCAAAGAAUUAGCAUUAAAUGCAGUUUGUGUAUUGGAAUCUCCUGAUACUGCUGAGCUUGAAAAAACAAUAGGUCAAACUUGUCAGGAACCAAUGGAUUCCAAUUCUCUCACUCCUGUUUCUCAUGAAGAAAUGCCAUCUGCUUCAAUGCAUGUGCUUCAGCCAUGCAGUUCACAUCGAAAUGAAGCUGAUGCAUUGUAUGAAGGAGGUGAAUGUUCUGUCAAAGUUCCUGACUUACCAUCUGAAGUUAAUAGACUCUGUUUGUUGGAGACAUCUGAUAAGGAGUUGGUCCAUGUGUCUGGAGCUUCCUGUGAGGUGCAAGGUGAUGGGUCUCAUGUAGCUGAUCUUAUAAUACAAGUUUCAGAGGCAAACACCAUGUCAGAACCCACUUUAUGUGAAGAAAUUCAAGCAGAUCAUAUGAAGUUCGAAGGGCGACCUGAGAAUGGAACCUUAAGAGAUACCCAGUUAGCAAAUUUAGAUGGGUCUGCAAGUUCUGAUUUCCCUGCACUAGAGAAGUUGCUUUCUGUACCAGAAGGGCUUACAGAUCUACCUAGUAAUUUGCUUGUGGUGUCUACUCCAGACAAAGAAGUGCAAAUUGGGGCUGAACAAGAUGGUGCUAGUUUUAAUAUGCUUUCAGGAAAAAAGCGCAGUUUAACUGAAAGUGAAAGUACACUGACUCUGCAGAGUCGUAGUUCAGAUGAUUUUUUUGGGUUGCACCAGUCCAAAAGAAUUGCAGAAACCAUUCCUGAUGAUAAUGAUUUGUUGUCUUCUAUCUUAGUUGGAAGAAAAUCAUCAGUUUUGAAAAUUAAGCCUACUCCUCCUCCCCUUGAAGUAGCACCCAUGAAACGCCCACGGUCGGUGCCUCGAGUUGGUGCCUAUAAAAGGAAGGUGCUUGUGGAUGAUUCCAUGGUCUUGCAUGGCGAUGCCAUACGACAACAGUUGACUAAUACUGAAGAUAUACGUCGUGUACGGAAAAAGGCUCCUUGCACCCGUCCUGAGAUCUGGUUGAUUCAGAAGCAACUAUUGGAAGAUGAAAUUUUCAGGGAACCCAUAUCCACUGGCAUGUCUAUGAAAUUGGUAUUCUUGCAGAGCCAAAUGUAUGACCUGAGUGGAAUUAGGGUUUCCCAAAGUGAUGAAAAUAAUGCUUUUGUGGAACCUGCAAAAGUUAUGGACGUCUCUGUGAGGCUAAAUGUUACUGAAGAAACUGAGGUGGAUGGGACCACUGGAACUUCUGUUGUCAGACAUGAUAAACAGUCCCAGCCUGCUGAGACCCCUGUGCAAACUGAGGUGCAGCAUGGCAAAGAGCAUGUUGAUGACACUCAAGAGCAGAUGAAGGUCUUUACUGAUGGACCUGAACUUAAGACUUCACAAAGUGAAGUGCUAGGUGAAAUUACUGAAAUGGAAAUCGACAAAGUGAGUGUUGCAGCUUCUGAUGCUGGGGAUCAUGCUGCCAGGGAUCAUGCUUCCACUCUUGGGGUUGAGUCAUUAUCUUCCAUUGUUCCUUCCAAUGGCAUUAAUAGUAAUAUGAUUCCUUUUGCAGUUCAGUCAUCUGUUUUGGAUGAAACCAAUGGUGCUUCUAUGCAUAUGGAUUUAUUGUGUCUGUCACCUUGUCAGAAGUUGGAUGAACAAUCCAUCGACAAGGACAAUUCUAUAAUGGAUGCUAACGGCAAUGUCGAUGAUGAUAAUAUGGCUGCUUUUGUGGUUCAGUCAGCUGUUUUGGACAAAACCAGCGGUGCUUCUAUGCAGAUGGAUCUAUCGUGUCUGUCACCUGCUCAGAAGUUGGAUGGACAAUCUGUUGCAAAUGAUGCUUCUAUAGUGGAUGCUAAUGACAACCUUGUCAGAACUGAGGUUACAACAAGGAGUGAACUUCUGUGGGAGAAGACUGAAUGUGAUCAAACAGUAGGUGGAGCUAAUGUAAAUACAGAUUGUUCUGUGCCUGAUGGCAAUCUGAAUCCUUCUCUUGCGACUGUGUCUCAGGAAACUGUUGAGUUGAAUAACCCUCCUGCUGUUGUUGAUGAUUUAGCAAAGGAAGAGAUUACCAAAACUGAGGUUGGGGCUUUAAUUCAGGAUGUUGUCCCAGAUGCAGAAUUGGGGUGUGAUGACAAGGACCCAACAUUAGGCCAUAGCAUUAAGGAAGAUCCAAAGUUAAAUACUUAUUCAGUAGAACUUGACAUUGACAUGAAAAAAGCUUGUUUGAAUGAUGGAGAAAACCCAGGCUGCCAGGAAGCUGAGCCGCAGAGAAUUGUGGAUGUGGAGAAUGUAGAGUCUGACCAUCUAGCUGUUGAAGAACAUGGAGAUUUUGAGAAUAUAAUGGCUGGACAUGAUACAGAGUUUCUAAAUGUUGAUGAUGACGAUGUUGCUGAAGAUGACGACGACUACAUGCCUUCUGCUGAAGAAGCUCACUUCCUUGAAAACAGUGGAUGGUCUUCCCGUACCAGAGCGGUCGCCAAGUACCUCCAGAUCUUGUUUGACAAGGAAGCUGAGCAUGGAAAAAGGGUCCUUCCAAUGGAUAAUCUCUUGACUGGCAAAACUCGUAAGGAAGCCUCAAGGAUGUUUUUUGAAACAUUGGUUCUUAAAACUCGGGAUUACAUCCAUGUCGAGCAGGACAGACCCUUUGACAACAUUAAUAUAAAGCCUAAAGUAAAGCUCAUGAAGGCAGACUUCUGAUUCCCGUGUGGGAAAGGUGUAUACAACAGCUAGCAAGGUUCAUAUAAUUAUAGUUGGCUCACACUCGACUCUGCUUCACUACUCAUCCUUUAUUUUUAUCCAUUCUUUUCCCCCCUCCCAAAAGCUAUGUUUAGUUCAUGUAACAGGUAGUUUAACAAAUGGGUCGAGUGGGGCAUGUCACAUGUAUCAUCUUCUAGUGGUGGUAAGGGUUUGUAAUAUGGAUUAUAAUUAUAUGUAUUUGUGUAUAUAUAUAUAUAUAUAUCGUAAAAAUCGUAUUAUAUGUGCAA